AUGUCGGCGCUCUUGCUUGAGCAGCUCCCGGAUAAAGCGGCAAUCGAUGACGCUAUUCGAGGCACGAGAGAUCGCGUGCUCGUGUUGCGCUUCGGUCGCGCAUCGGACCUUGCGUGUCUCCAUCAGGACGAUCUCCUCGCCAAAUGCGACCACGCGCUAUCUAAGAUGGCGCGGCUCUGUCUAGUCGAGGCAGAGCGCGUACCCAUUUAUUGCCACUACUUCGACAUCACCCUCAUUCCUGCCACCGUCUUUUUUGUCAAUGGACAGCACGUGAAAGUCGACUAUGGUACACCCGACCAUACGAAGUUCAUAGGGGCUUUUUGGACCAAACAAGACUUUAUCGACCUGGUCGAGGUCAUUUACCGGGGUGCGCGACGUGGAAAGUUGAUUGUGAACUGCCCGAUUGAGAAGUCGCAUAUCCCGCAAUAUGACCUGAUUUACAAGGACAUUUGA